GGACGGCCUCUAGCGCCGAUAGUGGCAAGCUGAUAUCAGCUGUGAAUUUUUCUGGUACCGUAGCGAGUCACGUAUGAGGCUACAUGCGCAAAGUGUAUUUAUCUCUGUCGCUAGCGCGCUUGGUGGGAUCAAUCGACCUUCUCGCACUUUUACGGUCAGUUUGCAGUGAGCCGAGUGACGGCGCGUGUCAAAUUCGUGCUCAAUGCGCGUGUGUCGCUUUUCCCGUGUAUCGAUCUGUUCGCAACCGCAUUGCCGUACAUUCCGGAGGCGGUGCCUCGCCUAGUUUUCGUCGAUCGUCGGCGAGGCGGGCGCGUGUCGUCGGCGGCCCGGGCUGCCCUGCGCAGUAGCGGCGCGAGCGCGGGAGACGGACCUUCCUCUGCCAAAACCGGCUCGCUAUCCGCGGCGGAUGGCUGUGAUGUAGCCGAGGCCGAGCGGCCUUCGGACAAAGGAUCCGCGCGACACGUGAUUCACGAUGAAGAAGUUCACUUUCAAGGGCGUGCUGGACGGGUUCCGCAGCUCGGUGCAGGCGGCGCCGCGCGGCACGGAGCAGGAGAUCCAGGAGACGCUGCGCCCCGAGCACUUCCAGCUCAAAAAGACAUUUCGUCACGGGUUCCCGUUCUCGCCGACGGCGCUGGCGUGGGACCCCAUACAGAAGCUGCUGGCCAUCGGAGACAAGGGCGGCAACCUCAGGAUUCUGGGUGGCCCCGGCGUGGACGCCCACGCGCGGCACGAGGCCCCGGAGGCGGUGCUGCACGCGCGCUUCCUCAUCAACGAGGGAGCCCUGGUCACGGCCACGGCAGACGACCAGCUCCACCUGUGGACCUUCCGCCAGAAGUGCCCGCAGCGGGUGCACUCGCUCAAGUUUCAGAGGGAGAGGAUCACCUGUCUGCACCUGCCGCUGCAGUCCAAGUGGCUGCACGUGGGGACGGAGCGCGGCAACGUGCACGUCGUCAACAUCGAGACCUUCGCGCUCUCCGGAUACGUCAUCAACUGGAACAAGGCCAUCGAAGUGACGAGGCCGAACCACCCCGGCGCCGUCGUCGAGGUCAGCGACAACCCACUCGACGCCAGUAAAUUGGCGAUAGCGUUCGAGUCCGGUCUAAUAGUGGUGUGGGACCUGCGCGCGCGCGCGGCGGAGUGGCGCGGGUUCGUAGGCGGGCCGGGGGGCGGGGUCGGGGACGGAGUGCGCGCGGCCGCCUGGCAGCACGACGGCAAGCUCAUGACGGCGCACGUCGACGGCGCCCUCGCUACAUGGACCAUGCGAUCUCCUCGACCCGCCACGCUUACGUAUCCUCAUGCAAAAUCAAACAAAGACGGCAAACCGGAGCCCUGUAAACCUAUCCUCAGGCUAGAAUGGAAAACGUCAAGGACGGGGGAGAGCCUGGUGAUAUUCUCCGGCGGUCUGCCGACGGACAAGGCGGGUCGCACGCACAGCGUCACCGUCCUCAACGGCAAGAGCACCACCGUACUGGAGAUGGAGCACAGCGUGGUGGACUUCGUCACGCUCUGCGAGAGUCCGCACGCUGCAGACUACCAGGAGCCGUACGCGAUAGUGGUGCUGCUGCAGAACGACCUGGUCGUCAUAGACCUGCAGACCCCCGGGUACCCGUGCUUCGAGAACCCCUACCCCAUGGACAUACACGAGUCCCCCGUCACAUGCUGCUCAUACUUCGCUGACUGCCCCUCGGAUUUGAUCCCAGCGUUCUACUCUGUGGGGCGCCAGGGCAACAAGAAGGCGGCGGGCUUCAGCGAGAAGCUGUGGCCGAUAGACGGUGGGGAGUGGGCGCCCGCCUCCUGCUCCUACAGCGAGAUUAUACUCACCGGGCACGCGGACGGCAGCGUCAAGUUUUGGGACGCCAGCGCGGGCACACUGCAAAUAUUGUAUAAAUUAAAAUGCUCAAAAGUGUUCGAGAGGCGGGCGAGCGGGUCCAGCGGCUCGGGCUGCGAGGAGGAGCUGGCCGUCGGCGCGCUGGCGCUGUGCGCGGAGUCGCGGCGGCUGGCGGUCGCGCUGCCGCACGGACACGUCGUGCUGUUUAAGUUCCGCAAGACGGAGACGCAGGCGGAGACGCACGUGCUAGAGAUCCCUGUGAUAGCGGACACGAUGGACGAGGAGGUGUCCCCAGAGCCGGAGAGCGGCAGUCGCUCCGCCUCCUUCAGCCGCGCCCCCGACAGCCUCGAGGGGGAGGGGAGGAGGUUGGGCGGAGGUCUGCGCGUGCGCGGGUGUGCGGGCACGGGCGGCGUGCGGCGCGCGGCCGGCUUCCAGCCCGCACUCGUCGCGCUGCAGACCGGCGCCGCCCAUCCCGUCACUACACUAGCGCUGCACUCCGCCGCCGGCCUCAUGUCGUGGGGCGGCGAGCGCGGCGUGGUGGUGGCGGACGUGUGGCGACGGUGCGUGGUGGUGGCGUUGCCGGCCGCCGCGCUGCACCUCCCCGACCCCGCGCCGCCCCCGCGCCCGCCCCCGCGCCCGGAGCCCGACCCCGACCAGAUGGAGGAGCCGGCAGACGCCGACGCCGCCGAGGACCCCGACCCCAAGCUCGACGCCCGCCGAAAGUCCACCCCGUGGAAGAACUUUAGCCUGAAACGGCAGAUCUCGCGAGUCGAUCUCAAAUUGAAAGCGGCGUUCGCGCCCGCCGAGAGCGAGGAGGAGAGGAGCGCCCCCGGCGAGAGCGGCAGCGCCGAGUCCACGGCCGAGUCGCCCGCGGACGAGAGCGGGGCGUCGCCGGGGGCGGCGGGCGCGGGGGCGGACGUGUUCGACCGCAUGCAUCGCGAGCUGCACGAGCGCCGAGCCGACCCCUACGACCGCAUGCACCGCGAGCUGCACGAGCGCUGGCGCGAGCGCGACCCCGACGCGGCCCCGCCCCCGCCCGCGCCCGCCGAGCCCGCGCCGCGCCCCGACGACCUGCCGCUGUUCGACGAGGAGGGGGCGCCCGCCCGCCCGCCGCGCCGGAGGAGGGAGGAGGUGCGGGACCAGCGCCUGCUGUCCGUGCCCAACAUUAAGUACCGCCAGGAGCGGCGCAAGACGUCGGCGGCGGCGACGGCGGCGGGGGGCGCGUCGCUAGCGGGCAGCCUCAUGCGCCGCUUCAGGGAGUUGCUAGCGAGACUCUGCCCGAGGGACGAACCCACCGGGGACGCCAAGCACGAGCGGGCGAUAGCGGUUCCCCGGCGCAUAGACAAGCUGGACAGCUCGUUCUCGCGGUCGCGCAGCAGCAGCAUGUCCAGCCUGGAGAACAUCGCGCAGGAGGGCAUCUCCUGCCUCGCCUUCGCCGACAGCUACACCAAGAAGACGGACCCGACGUCGCUGCAGCCGACGCUGUGGGUGGGGACGACGGCGGGGUCGGUGUUCACGAUGACGGUCGCGCUGCCCGACGCCGACGUCCGACACACGCAGCCCGUCGCCGUCACCACCAGCGGAGGGCCGAUAUUUAGGUUAAGAGGGUCGAUACUGACGAUGGCGUUUCUGGACUGCAACGGCGCUCUCAUCCCCUACUCCUACGAGAGUUGGAAGGAUGACAGUAAAGAUGGGCGGGAGCGGCGCGAGCGCACGCCGACGAAGCAGACCUCGUCCGGCGGGUACUGCAGCCCGGGGGCGGGGUCGGGGGCGGAGGCGGCGGCGGACCGCCAGUUCGUGCUUGUCGCGUCGGAGAAGCAGGCGCGGGUGCUGGCGCUGCCCAGCCACAACUGCGUCUACCGCCAGCAGAUCGUCGAGACGGACUUCGUGGUCAAAGCCGAAGUCAUCAGCAUGAAAGACAGCGUGUGCCUGGUGACGUACCUGUCCACGGGCCACGUGGCGGCGUACAGCCUGCCCUCGCUGCGGCCGCUCGCGCAACAGGAGUUCCUGCCGCUCGCCGAGCUCAGCUUCCAGACACAGUCCAAACAGAGGGGUAUCGUAGACCCAAUGCUCUCCAUUUGGGGCCAGCAACUGAUAGUUAACGAGGAUACGGAUCAAAUAGCGAAGACAUUCUGCUUCAGCAAUCGCGGGCACGGCCUCUACCUCGCCUCGCCCACUGAGAUACAGAAGUUCACCAUGGACGCUGACUUCUGCCAGCAGCUGAACGAGAUGCUGGGCGAGCUGUUCCUGGCGCGCGACAUGCCGGACCCGCCCAAGGAGAGCUUCUUCCGCGGACUGUUCGGCGGCGGCUCCAGACCCUUCGACCGCGAGGAGCUCUUCGGCGAGAGCAGCGGCAAGCCGAACCGCGCGGUGGCGCGGCCGGUGGCCGCGGCGGCGGAGCUGACGGCGCUGAACGCGCGCGCCGGCACCGCGGCGGGCGACGUGUCGCGCGCGCACCAGCUCGUGGUCGAGCGCGGGGACAAGCUGUCGCAGCUGGAGGACCGCGCCGAGCGCAUGUCCUCGCAGGCCGGCGAGUUCUCCAGCUCCGCGCAUCAGCUCAUGCUCAAGUACAAGGACAAGAAGUGGUACCAGCUGUGAGCGCGCGACCGUCGGCCCGCCCCCCGCCGCGCCGCCGCCGUGUGACGGUCGCGAGACGUGCUCCCGCUGCACUGCGGGCCGGGCCCCGAGCCCGCGUCGCCGCGUCGACGCACCUCAACGCACAAUGCCGGGGGCGCGCCCGUUGUGUCUUAUAGCGGA